AGCGACAGCACGGCGACAUCACGGCACGUUCCGUCACUUCAUCUUUAUCAACUCCAUCCAAUCGUUUAUCUAUUAAGGACAACUCUCAUCCUCCGAGCUGCCUCAAAUCCAUUUCAAAGCUUGCAGAGCUGAUUCGGACUUGUAAGAAACAAUAAUCAUAUGCUACACUGUAUCAUUCUUAUUGAUUAACCCCAAAACUGCAGCUGCCACUGCAUGAACAGUGAAAGAACCGCCACAACAUGACUUCGCUCAAUAAGUCGGGCGAUACUCAAUUUACGGUCUUCAUCCGCCUUCCUUUCCCUCGGGGAGAAUUUGUCGACCCCCCUCCGGUCGAAUGGAACGCUGCCAAGGACCAAGCUCUCUGGGAUCUCCUAUCGCGUCCGUCCAAGGGAGAUGAUAUAGACUGGAAGGCAUUGUACGCAGAUUGCUCCUAGUACUACAAACCCCCAUGCGCGAGUUAACUUGUUUGUUGUUACAGAGCGGAGAGCUUUGACGUUACCCUGCAAUUCCUCCUGCAGCAGGCAGCAUGGCUGUACGAUCGACAGCUUGCUCAGGUUCGCGCACAAAUGCGCAAAGUGCCCAACACGCAGUCGAAUUCGCCGUCUCCUGCCCCUGGUUCUGUCUCUGGGAGCACGGCUCUGGGGAACCCUCCGGCUAGUAAAGGGGCGCCCACCGCUAGUACUGGUAUGCAGCUUUGGCUUUCACCCCAUUCAUCGCUGAGAUCCUUUUUAGGCUCCAGACCGCCAAUUCGGUUGACGCUACAGCAGAAGGAUAAUGUUCCUCCGCGUGGCAUCAUAUCACGGCGCACCAGCUCCACAACAACCGUGAACCAGAUCAAAGGCCCUCGAGAGUCACCGCGUAAUGAAACCCCAGGUGGCGAGCCGAAAGAUCCCAGACGCGAAAGCUUUGGUCGACGUCCAUCGACAAGCCGACGGGAUCAAACGCCUAACAUUCCAGUCCACAGGUCGCCAACGCUCGAAGAAGAAGACCUCACGUCAAGCUCCUCCGAGUCUGAAUCCGACGACGAGGGGAUUAUGGCCAGUCGGCGGGGUCCUCGAUUCCGGCGAUUUGGUAAAUUCUCCAUGCAUCGGCCUGGAUUGGGUGACCAGGACGAAGAUGAGGAUGAAUCACCCGCGUUUGUCCCCCUUUCUGCUGAACCUGAGUCUGGCCCCUCCGCCCAGGAUCUCAACGCCACCCUUCGCGAUGAGCCUGCCGAUGCGCGACGGCGGACGGUGAAUUCAACUCAGGUUGCAAGACAGCCGAUUACGACGGAGUCAUCCGCGAGUUCGAUCAGCUCGGGGAAUCCGGCCACGUUGUCUGUGGGCGACCGACGCCGACGUGCAAAUCAGAUGGGCGGGCCGUUGAGUCCCCGGCGGACAGAAUUGGGGUAUAGCCCGCGACGGUCCGUGACGUCUGGAAGAGAGACUAGCGACGGCACCCCCAGCAUGGGAAGUAGCUUCAGUGACCUGGAUGAUGCAAGCGUCACUCAGUCUGCACUCGAGGAGGCUCUCAUGAGUAACAUGCAACACGGCGGAAUGGCCAGUAGAAUGAGUACGAUUAGCCAAGCUCUACGGAGUCGGUAUUUGUGAGUAGUCAAGCAUAUCCACAAUGAUACCAGUAGUACAGAAUGAAAGGGGAUGAGUUUCAUGGUUGCCUGGUACAGAUAUAUAUCGUUGUCAGUUUCGUCAUCCACACCCUCGGGCAAGUGAGGAAAAGGACAAAGUCCAUCACCGAGGAUCAUCCCUCCCAAGGCCAGUUUAGCGAUCCACUAGCCCUCUAGCAAGUCUAGUAGUCCACGAACGCGCAUCCUUUUUUAAAUGAAAUGAACCAUUUUCUCCUCCACCCUGGGACGGAAUCACGUGGGUCUCCGCUG